AAAAAACAAAGAGUAGGCUACUAUGAUACAUAUUAUUAUGUAAAGUUCUAUUCUUUUAAAGGGUGUCAAUCUUAUUGUUCCAAUAAUUGGAUUUAUUUGGUACAUGUAUCAACUUCAAGAUUUCUUUCUUUAUUUUCAGCAAUUGAAGAAACCUUGAAAAAAGCCCAGUCUGCCAAAAACUUUGACUGGACAAUAAGUCUUUCUGAACAUCUACUGAGAAAUUUAGCAGUUAAUCAAGCAUUUGUUGUUAACAACCGCUACUCUGGUAGAUCCAGCAUAUGUACAUGUUGUAAGGAGGCUAUCACGGUAAAAUUUGGAGACACAAGUAUUGGUUGCACUUCUGUCUGGCAUGGAAAUGUAGACAUUAUUUUGGGCUCUGAAGUACCUGUAACAGCUGUAGAUGAUGAUGAUGAUGAUGAUGAUUUAUAUGAAGGAAAUAAGUCAUCUUUUGAAAUAAAGCCGUCGGCAGAAUUUCCGGCAAAACACCGAGAUCAGUUGAUCGCACAGUCAAUUGUGUAUUCCUUCCUGCUGAAAAAAGAAAGGCCGGCCUAUGAACAUUUCCUGAUUCCAAGCAUCGGUAUUGCUAAAUCACAUAUUGUUCUUUUCCUGUAUGACAGUGAACAUGAUAUUUUACUGGAAAGUAAUGUGAUAAAAUUGUGGACGCCAGGUGGUCACAUUAUUACAUCAUCUGUUAUAGCACUUUGGCUUGCAAUCAAUUUUGGUUUUACAUGUACUGGAAUAACAGAACACAUGAAGAAUACUUCUUUCCAUGCUGACUUUCCUACGCAGGUUCGAAAUGAAUUGAAAAUAUAUCAGGCUUGCCUUAGCUUUGGCUGUGGUGCUGGGACUGUAGUUAAGGAAAUGUUUGAGCCAGAAAUUUAUGACAUUUUUUUUUAAUUUGCAUUGAAUUUCUUGAUAACGCUCCUUUCAAGUUGACGCAUAUUGCUUUGAACAUGGAGUCUAGUGGUCAUUUGCCCCUCAUUACUGAUUCAGAAAUCUUGUGGCAUGAGUAGUCAGUCACAUGCUGAGAAGUUGGUACUUACUGGUUAGUUAUCCAGGAAAUCAUGUAGGCCUAGAGCAUGGACAGGCAAAAUAUGACCAAAAAUGUGUUUAAAAUGGCAUAAAAGUCAAACAUCUAAGGCAAUUUGUGGGUCAGUCUGUUCAGGAAAUGUUCCAAUGAAUUUGUCAUAGAGACUUGAUCACCUGGUUCAUUAGCAACAGAUUGUUACUGUUGCUUUAAACCAGCACGCUUCCAGAUUUAUGCUUAUUCUCAUGAAAAUUUUGAAAAUGUAUUUGAAUGUGUAAUAAUGUGAAUUAAUCAAAAGGAAGCAAUUUACACAUUAUCAAUGGCACUGACCAACCACAUAAAUCAUCAAAAAGUGGUCAAAAUAUGCAUAAAUGGCAUUAACUGCAAUAGUAAAACAGUAGAAAUAUAGUUGCAAAAUACUGAAAAAUCAGUCAUUAACCGCACAUAAUAUGUAAAAUAUUAUUCGAAUCUUGAAACUUUUUACUUUCCUUACAUCUUAGUACAUUUUUCUCAAGUUUGAUUUUAUUGAAAUAUUUUGACUCAUCUGGAGGCAUGUAGCUUUAAAGGUCACUUAAGUCAAAGUCAAAGGUCACUGUCAAUGUCAUUACAGUGUUUCCAAUCAAAAGCUCCAGUAUGCUUUGGCCCCUAGAUCAUUUUAAACUAUGUGUGAAGGUUAUACAGUUAUGUGCAUGAUCUGUUUUGGAAUCCCUCCAUCAAAGGUCAAGGUCACUGUUACCCAGUUUGCAACUGUUACAAUGGCAGUAUAAUAAAAUUGUUUAUACCAUAGGUAUUUCCAGUUAGUCAAUUAUAUCAGCAUUUUUGGUUGCAAAAUUAAUACUUCAGUCAAACCUGUGAUAAAAGGCCAUCCAAACAAGAGGCUGAACAUGGUCUUUAUAGAAAAGUGGUUUGUUUUUAAUUGGAGGUAAAAUAACCAUCCAAAGAAGAGGCUGAAAAGGUCUUUAUAGAUAAGUGGUCUUUAUCUGGAGGUAAAAUUAUUGAUGAUUUUUCUAUGUAGUCAAGAAAGGUUCGUCAAAGAGCGGUCUUUAUGCACAGGAUGAUCUUGAUUUUGAAGGUGGUCUUUUAUACAGGUUUGACAGCUUCCAUACAGAAUGUUUAUUGUUCCAUAAAGGAAGGACUGCAAU